AUGUCCGAGAAGAACAUUAGCAACAACAAGAGGAGGAAGAAGAAACGUCCAAUGACGGUUUACGGCAGAGGAGGAGGAGAUGAUGAUUUGGCGGUGGUGAAGGCGGCGGCGUGGGCUUGGUACCAAAGAAAAGAAGGCAAACCGAUGAUGAGGGAGUUUGAUCUAACAAGAGCACCAAGGACACCUCGACCUUCACGGUACAAGAUCGAAGCCACCAAGAACAUGAUCCUCUCUGAGAAUAAGGUUUUAGCCGAGAAUAGGGUUUCUAAGUCUUCGCUCUGGUACACAAAUGACUCUUUCCGUGGAGAUCAAGAAACUCAAUACUCUCGUCUUCUUGAUACUUACGAAAUGAAGAACAUCUCCAAGAGGCUUAAUAUUGAUGAUUCUAAUUUCUCCUUGAGUUCACGUAGUGUCUUCAGGCUCAACGAAGAUCAUCAUCAUAAUCAUAAUGAUGAUUAUGGUUGUUACGAUCAUGGUUUGUUGCAGAAGAGAACUGGUUAUGAAAAUACUACUACUCAUAGUAGUAGUAGAAAAGAAAACAAGAAUUCUAAUGGCUUCAUGAAAAAAGUGAGCAAGAGAAGUUUGUGGAAAGGAAUGAUUGUGACGGGUCAAGGAUCUACGGUUUGUGGGAGAAGCGAUGACGUGGAUUUACGGGCUUCUCAGGCCAGCCGGAGAACGGUUAAGGUUGCCGCGGCAGCCGAGGCUCUGGUCAGAUCGGUGGCAAGUGGCAAAACUCAGUCUGGUCGUCGCUAA